AUGAAUGGAUGGACAUGUAGAUGGCUCUCGAAAAGAGGAAAGGAAGUGUUGUUCAUAUCCAUUCUACUUGCUCUCCCGACAUAUGUUAUGUCCACUUUCCUGCUCCCAUUGGAGAUAUGUGAAAACCUUGCCAGCGCCAUUGCACAAUUUUGGUGGAGUUCGAAUCCACCAAAAAGAGGAAUUCACUGGGCGAAAUGGGAAAAAGUCUGUUUACCUAGAGAGGAGGGUGGGAUUCGAUUUCGUAUGAUCCAUGAGUUCAAUCUGGCAUUAUUGGCAAAACAAUUAUGGAGGCUAGUACAAUAUCCAGAUUCGCUGGUUGUCCGAGUCUUGAGGGGAAGAUACUAUAGAUUGAGCUCGUCCCUGAGGGUAAACGCUAUAAGCAGUCCAUCCUAUGUGUGGACUAGCAUCUCUGCUGCAAGGAAGCUUUUGUUACUGGGGAUAAGACAGAAGAUAGAUUCUGGUUAUGAAGUCAAAGUGUGGAAGGAUCCAUGGAUUCCAAUGACACAUGCUAGGCAAGCUACAGCUGUAGCACCAGUUAUGCAUCCAAAUAUGAGGGUCAUUGAUCUCAUUAAUCAGGAAUCGAAGGAAUGGGAUGUUGAGUUGCUGGAACAUUAUGUCAAUCCUAUUGAUGUACCCUUUAUAAGGAGUUUGGCCAUAAGCACAACUCAUCGGCGAGACACGUUCUUGUGGAGCUACACAAAAAAUGGCUAA